GCCAUUCAACGCUCAACGAUAGAAACAUAUCUCAGCCACCAGUGUGGCCUAGAACAAGUAUGGUUACCCCAGAUAAUCAAUCGCGGCAGACUAUAUCUAUUCAAUAUCGAUGUCAUUUCCCAAGUCAUGAGUUCCUUUCUUCUAUUCGCUAUCUUUUACAAAGACAUAGACAAUGUCUCGAGACGAGGAAGCCAACGAGCACACACGACUCUUGGAUCCGCGGGUAGCUCAAUUAACUGGUCGAAAGCCAAGUCGGCACAGUGAACAAUCUCUUCCUCCUCACGAUGCUUCUUCCAUACUUUCUUCCCAGGUCUCGAAAGAAGAGCAAGAGCUUGCUGGGACCGCUGUGGGAGAAAGAUUGCCUUACAAUGACUAUACAACAAUCGAUUGGCUUCAUGAUCUGAUCAAAGAUUCUUUCCGACACCGCGCGAUACUUUCAAACAGAAGUCUGAAGGGCCGACUGUUUUCAGCAUACGAUUCAUGUCAAGGAUGGUUCGCAGCAGCUUUGAUCGGCAUCCUUACUGCUGUCGUGGCAUUUAUGGUCGAUGUCGCAGAAGCUACAGUUUCCGAUUACAAGCAAGGGUUCUGCUCUAGAAAUCCUCUGUUAAACCGCGAAGGAUGCUGUACGUCGAAAUCCCCUCUACUACGUGUGAGCGAGGAUGUAGGGGAAGACUGUAAAGCAUGGAAAGUUUGGUCGAAUGAUUACUGGGGUGGCUUUGCCAUCUACGUUGGCUUUGCUGUCUUAUUUGGCAUCAUAGCGGGCGCUGUGACGCUGACGACCAAGGCCAACCUUCCUUCAGCGGGCGGAGACGACGACGACGAGAAUGUCGGCGGAGGCCAAGGUCGAACUGUAGGGAAGUCGAUGUACAUGGCUGCUGGAAGCGGCAUACCUGAAAUCAAAACAAUAUUGUCUGGUUUCGUCAUUCCACAUUUCUUGGAUUUCAAGGUCCUAUUCGUGAAGGCGGUCGGAGCAACAUUUGCUGUUGCUACAGGUAUGUGCUUGGGUAAAGAAGGGCCGUUUGUUCACAUAUCGACAUGUGUCGGUUAUCUCGUUGCCAGCCGAUUUCCCAAAUACCAAGAAAAUGGGCGGAAAAUGCGAGAGAUGCUGAGCGUCGCUUGCUCGUCUGGUCUGAGUGUAGCUUUCGGUGCUCCAAUUGGAGGUGUACUUUUCUCUUACGAAGAAAUAAGCACAUACUUCCCUCGAAAAGUCCUCUGGCGAGCAUUCUUCUGCUCUCUUUGGGCAGCUGUCGUACUCAAAGCUUUGAAUCCAAACGGCACAGGAAAGUUGGUCCUGUUCGAAACAAACUAUGGCAUCGACUAUGAGCCAAUUCACUACCUUGUGUUCAUCUUCCUUGGUCUUGUGGGUGGGUUAUUCGGCGGCGUCUUCUGCAAAGCCAACUUCCUCUGGUCAAAGUCUUUCCGGAAAUACAGCAUCAUCAGCAAUCAUCCUGUAUUCGAGCUUGCCCUGGUCACUUUAGUCACAGCUUUACUUCAAUAUCCUAACCCUUUAACCCGUGAACCUGGCGAUGUCAUCAUCAAGAAUCUCUUAGUAGAUUGUCGCGAGCCAGAAGGAUCCUGGGUCUGUGCCCAAGAAGCAUCCGAGGACAAAAGUCGAUAUUACGGAUGGCUCAUCUACGGUACUCUGGUGAAAUUGAUUCUGACGAUCAUCACGUUCGGAUGUAAAGUACCAUCUGGAAUCAUCAUACCAGCUCUCGACGCAGGUGCCUUAUUCGGACGAUUGGUCGGACAGGCGAUACCUAACAUCAACCCAGGAAUCUUCGCCAUGGUGGGUGCAGCAGCUUUCCUAGCAGGCGUUUCGAGGAUGACUGUCUCUUUAACCGUCAUCAUGUUCGAACUCACUGGCGAAGUUGGAUAUAUACCUCCAUUCAUGAUCGCCAUCCUGGUCGCGAAAUGGGUUGCAGACGCACUGAGCAGUGAGGGGGUCUACGAUCUUGCGCAGACCGUCUUAGGCCAUCCCUUCCUAGACCCAGAACACGCACUCAAGAUCGUGCGGGCUGAAGGGACCUUGGUAGAGGAGCUCAUCCCACCAGCGCAGACAAUGAGAGAAAUCACCGUGGACGUAGGCCCCGAAUGCAAGGUCUCAAAGUCAUUACUAGCAAUGAAGCUAUCCCAGCUCAAAGCUCGCGGACUCAUGGACGCCGGCUUAGUACUCGUGGACGGAAAUAGCAUGUUGCAUGGCUAUCUUGCGCAAGGGGAAUUGGAAUUUGCUAUCAGCGAAGCAGGAGUCUUGGAAGAUGACGAACCGGUGGAUUUACUGGAAGGACCACUUUCUGCGUUCGUGGACCGGACUCCGCUCACAUUGUGCGCCAAAGCGCCUAUGGAAUAUGCAGUCGAGAUGUUUGGAAAGCUGGGACUUCGACAUUUGAUGGUAGUUGAAGAGGGAACUGGAAAGAUUGUUGGAGUGAUAAUCAAAAAGCGCCUCGUUUUGUAUUUGGAGGGAUUGCAUCAUUGAAUGCAUGUAUAUCACGAUUGUAACGUAGAGCUUGUCUGAUCCUUUUAGUAUUUUAUAUAGGAGUAGAAUGAAAAGUACAAUCAC